UUCAUGUCAUUGGACUUAAUUUUUUCAUGUGGACUUUCGAUUCUUUGUGAGAGGGAGGGAAGGAAGAGAGGGACCAAGUAAAGGCUAGAGAGAGAGCUAGCAAAAGUCUGGAGCACAUGGGAUGGAUUUGUAUAUGAUGGAAAGUUCAGUUAAAGAGGGUUGGCUUAGACAACUGAUGAUUGAAAAUAGAGAGGUGUCUUCUUUGACCUCUGUAUCUCUCUCACACAAUAAAUAAUACUUGCUAUCCCAACCAAUUCUUCUAAAGAAACCAAAGCCACCAGCUCCACCACAAGCAUCCAGACCCAAUUUGAAACAACCUUGCUUGUUUAGAGAGAGAGAGAGAGAGAGAGAGAGAGAGAGAGAGAGAUGGGAAGAGCUCCUUGUUGUGACAAGGCAAGUGUAAAGAGAGGGCCAUGGUCACCUGAAGAAGAUGCAAAGCUAAAAGAGUAUAUAGAAAAGAAUGGAACUGGAGGGAAUUGGAUUACCCUCCCACAAAAAGCAGGCCUAAGAAGAUGUGGAAAAAGUUGCAGAUUGAGAUGGCUGAACUAUCUAAGACCAAAUAUUAAACAUGGGGAGUUCUCUGAUGUUGAAGAUAGAAUAAUCUGCAGCCUCUUUGCUAGCAUUGGAAGCAGAUGGUCAAUAAUAGCAGCUCAGUUACCAGGGAGGACUGACAAUGAUAUAAAGAAUUACUGGAACACCAAGCUCAAGAAGAAGCUCGUGGGGAUGCUCUCUUCCUCUCACACUUCAUCAUUAGCAUCCAAAUGCAGCAACAACAACAACAAUGCUUAUUACACCUCCACCAACCAAACCAACUCUUUUAUAGGCUAUGAAUUACCCAACAUUUCAACCCCAUCAUCAAAUCUUUUAAGCACCACGACUGCUUGCUCCUCGGCCCAAGAGGGCUAUGUGGGUCCCAUGCAUACUGUCCUCAUGUUUGGUGGUGGUGGUGAUCAAGCUAGUUGCAGUAAUUCUUCUGAUGGGAGUUACAACAAUCAGAUCAGCCAUGGGAGAGAAAUGGAGCAUGAUUAUUAUGGUGAGCAUAUGGGCUUUCACUUGCAGAGUUAUGCUUACAAUGGAGUUGAUCAUGAAAAUCAAAAUUUGAUGAUUUCUAGUAGUGGUGGAGGGGAUGGUAAUGGGUUUUCUGUGAAACCAAAUGGGUUUUUGUGUGGUGAAACUCCAUUAAUAGACUACUACAGUAGUCUUGAGGAGAUUAAGCAGCUAAUCACCACUAAUAAUAUCUGUAGUAAUAAUAAUAAUCUCAACUUCUUUGCUGAUGAAAACAAGACAGAUGAAAAAGUCCUGUAUUACUGAAAUGCUGGUGCUGACUGCCCAGUACUAUUAGAAGAUUUCAAGGGUAAGGAAGGACUUGGAUGGUUUCAAAGUUUCUGAUUUUUAAGAUCAAUUUGUGGUUUUUUCUUUUUCCUUUUAUUUUAUUUUACUUUAUUUUUGGGACAGUAAAUGCUAGAAGUUUCCUUUGUGCAUUUCUUUUUGGGGAAAUGAUGAUGUGUGUGCAGUUUUUGACUGCAGUACUCAGAAAUAAAUGUCAUGGAAACUAGAGAAGCAAUGUGGAGGGAUGUAGACCAGACAUGCGCUAUUUUUUUUUUUUUAAAAUACAUUUUUUAAUAUUUUUCUUUUAAUUUAUUGAUGUAAUACUUUUUUGAGUA